AUAUUCGUUAACUUGGCAUAGAGACUGAGCGUGGCGUCAUUGUAGUACCUUCCCUGUCACCAUCAUCCAUUUGUUUCGUUCUUAUUGAAUCUUUCUUAAACUUGUGUUUCGUUUUUAAAUUGAUAGUCCUUAAUUUUGUCAAGUCCUCCACAAACUUAUUGUUAUCAAAAUGGGCGACAAAGUUGACAUGAGCUUGGAUGAUAUCAUCAAAACUAGCCGUUCAGGCGGCCGGGGCCGUGGAGGACGCGGCGGUCGUGGUGGCAGUUCUCGUGGAGGCAACCGUAAUGCCGGCUCAGGACCCGUUCGUAAUCAAAGACAGGGAAAUGCUGGGGGUCGUGCUGCACCUUACGCCAAGGGCAACCCAGAUGGUGACUGGUCUCAUGACAUGUAUGAAGGUGGACCAAGGAAAAGCAAUCCCAGGUUGGGUGCUGCACCGAAUGCUGCUGGAGGCGGCUCUUCCAAGCUUGUUGUUUCUAACUUAGACUUUGGUGUGUCAGAUGCAGACAUUAAGGAACUUUUUAUGGAAUUUGGACCAUUGAAACAUGCUUCUGUGCAUUAUGACAGAUCAGGCAGAUCUCUCGGUACAGCUGAUGUUGUGUUUGAGCGCCGUCUUGAUGCCGUCAAGGCAAUGAAACAGUACAACGGAGUCCCAUUGGAUGGUCGAUCAAUGGUCAUUCAGAUGGCUACAUCCGAUUUGAACACAAUCGCCAACCGACUGACCAGCCCUCGAGCUAACACUAACAACGGACCGCAACAAAAGAGAACUGGUGCGCCAGCUUCCAACAGAGGUCAGAGAGGAGGAGGAGGAGGCCAGCGCGGUCAGCGAGGUGGUGCUGGUGGUACUGGUGGUGCUCGCCAACGCAAUCCCAAACAGCCUGCACCGACAGCAGAUGAGCUCGAUGCCGAGUUGGAGUCAUACAGGAGUGAAUUGAAAUAACGCAAUCGUGUAAUGUUCACCAAAUUAUUUGAUUUCUUUGAGUCCAAACGUGGUGGAUCAGAGGUUGAAUCACUGACGCAAACCCCUGAUCACCUUUACUUAUUCUCCUCACCACCACCACUUUUUCAAUAAUGUUUUUUCUUUCGUUCUUUUCAUACAAAUUCAGUGUUUUGAAAGACAAACCUGUCAGACCUUGUUUUAAGACAAAAAAAAUGAAGCUUUCAGCGAAAAA